GACAUGUCCGGGUACAAGCCGAGGGUGAUUUCUCUAUCCAAGAGGCCUGGUCAGACUUUUGGCUUCUAUCUGAGGGUGGAGCAUGGUGAGGAGGGUCACCUGAUCCGCUGCCUGGAAAUGGGAGGUCCAGCAGAAUUGGCCGGCAUGAAGGAUGGUGACCGCGUCCUCCGGGUCAAUGGAGCAUUCGUAGAUGCAGUGCCCCACUCGGCGGUGGUGGAAAUGGUGAGAGACAGCGGAUCGUCCGUCACAUUCCACAUUCUGGACGAAGCAUCUUACAAGCAGGGUAAAGAGAAGGGAGUGAGCUUUUCCGACCCUCAGACCACAGCAGUUGCCAACGGAGUGGCCAAACAGGAUCUCAAAGCCAAACUCUGCUAUAUGAUCAAGCCCAGCUCGAGCUAUGGGUUUUCUGUUCGAUCAGACAAAGCUCAGGAAGGCUUUUUCAUGACAGAGGUGAUCCCAGGAAGUGUGGCCUACAAAGCAGGGAUCAGAGCCAAAGACCGUCUGGUGGAGAUCAACGGGGAGAACAUAGAAAACUGUACACACGAACAAGUCGUGGAAAAGAUCAGGCUGGCAGGCAGCAGCAUCAUGUUUCUCCUGGUCAAUGAGGAAACCGACAUCUUCUACCAGAAGAAGCGUGAGAAGAUAGGAACGUGGUUGGCCACAACCAAGUACCUUCCUCUGCAGCCGCGCAUCAUCAACAUAACCAAAGGAUCUGAUGGAUACGGCUUCCUGCUUAAAGAGGAGCCCCGAAAAACAGAACACUUCAUCAAGGACAUAGAGCGAGGCAGCCCGGCAGAUAUUGCAGGUCUAAAGGAAAUGGACAGACUGGUGGCUUUGGAAGGCAAGGAGGUGGAAGGCUACAGCCACGAAAUGGUCGUCGACAGGUUCAGGAAGAGUGGCAACAAAUGCUGCCUCGUGGUGGUGGACAAAGAUACAGACCAAAUGUACAAACUGGGCACAGUGUCUCCCAUGCUUUUCUGGGAGGACAUGAAGGACUCCCACUUACCGCCCAGUUACACAGAGGCCAUCACUUUACCCACCACUUCCCAACAGUCCACACCAGUUCAAGAAAGGGAAGAGGAUCUCAAGCCUAAACUGUGCAAACUGGAAAGGACCUCAGGUACCUAUGGCUUUCACCUAAACGCCAUCAAGGGGGUGCUUGGUCAGCACAUCAAGGAGGUGGUGGAGGGAGGAGCAGCAGACAGAGCAGGUCUGGAGAAUUACGACGUAGUGGUGGAGGUAAACGGGGUGAACGUGGAGCAGAGGAGGUAUGAAGAGGUGGUAGACAUGAUCCACAGAAGCGGCAACUCUCUGGAGAUGCUUGUGGCUAAAAAGAGCGUCUACGACAAGCUCAAAGCUAAAGGAGUGACCAUCACACGCCUGCUGCUCGGGGAAACAUCCUACAUUCAAGUCCACACGACAGAGUCUCCAAAGACCAGCCAGAGGGCCAGACAGGAGGAGGACGCAAGAUCUGAUACUUCAUCUGAACAUGAAAGACAGAGGGCCACAUCUGUGACUUCAAAUUCAUCUGAAGAGAGCAUAGAUGAGAGAUUCUGAGCAGCCAUCUGAAGAAUCCCUUUCCUGAUUUCGACUAAUCAGACGUUGAUGUUUUUUCUUUAACAAUCUGCUCUA